AAAAAGUAACACAAAAAUAAAACAGAGAAGUAGUAAAUCCACGAUUUAAAGAAUAUAGGUCGUUAAUGGGAUGCAUCUCCCUAUAUGCUCGGUGAGCUGCAGUGGCGAAAGCUUCGGCAGCGUAUUAGAUUCACAGCAGCAACAACAGCUUCCUCAUUCCCAGCAACAACGCCAAGAGCAGAAUCAUCAGCAACAGCAACAACGGCAAAGACACGAGAACGUAGCACAUCUACACCAUCAACAGCAACAACGUGGAUUCUAUCAGCGUCUCCAACAACAGCAACAACAACAACAACACCAACAGCUUCAAGCGACAGAGGAAAUCACAGAACCAAAUACGGCGGGGACCGCCGGCGAAAUGAGCGAAGCUGCAGCCGUCGGUGAGCUUUGGUGGACCGAGAGGCUAGUUGGCGAAGCUCAGGCAGAACAUCCUGGCGAGCUCGUCAGAACAGGUUCCCCGUAUUUCCUGUGUAGUCAGCUUCCAACGCACUGGCGCUCGAAUAAGACGCUUCCUGUUGCGUUCAAAGUGGUUGCCCUUGGCGAAAUUGGCGACGGUACCCUUGUCACGGUCAGAGCCGGAAAUGAUGAGAACUGCUGUGCAGAGUUAAGAAACUCUACUGCCCUCAUGAAAAAUCAAGUGGCGAAAUUCAAUGAUCUCAGAUUUGUCGGCAGAAGCGGAAGGGGAAAAAGCUUCAGCAUAACGAUAACAGUAUCCACUACACCACCUCAAGUUGCAACGUAUACUAGAGCUAUUAAGGUUACCGUUGAUGGUCCUCGAGAACCUCGAUCCAAAACAAGACAACAGCAUCAGCAGUUCCGAGCCUUGGGGCUUGGGCAGCGUCCGUACCUUGGGGGACCCGACUCCUUUCGAAGCCACUUGCAUGAAUUAGAAUCUUAUCGACGAACAAAGCAUCACCAUCAUCACCACCAUUCAACGACGGCUCAACUUCAAAGUUCCACCGGCAUCAACAACAAUAAUUCUUGCGGCAAUCCUAACAACUCGUCAACAAAUUCACCAUCUUCCGGUAGCCAUCUGGCCAGUGCUGGCGGCCCUAGUGCUCACCAGGACUGCUUCAAGCACAGCCCUCAACAUGGCGACUCCAGUACUGCCGGAAGUGCGACAACGACGGAGUGGGCGUAUCCAUCCACGGCGCCGUCUUACCCGGCACCCGCAGGAAACGUUGUAGGUGGAGGUGGCUCCUACUCACCCAUACCAGGUGGCGCUUUCUCUUAUCCGGGCGAGGCGCUCGCCCAUCAUCCAACCACCGAACCCGUGCCCCUACCAACUGUGCUUCCGUCAGACGGUCAGCAUGAUGCGUAUACACCAGGCUGCGUUUCAAUGUAUCCAGGGCACGCGGUCACAACGACGAGCUCAUUGACUUUAGGACAAAACGUAAAACCCGCCAGUGAGGCCACAGACAUGUACGAAACGUCAACAGGUAGUCCCGGAGGCUAUCAUCAUUAUGGUGGUUGGACAACAACCCCGGCCUCGGCCACUUCGGUACCAAUGCCAAUGGCUACAGCAGCUGCCCACAACUAUAAUCCCAACUACCAGGGUUACUACCAUCAGAACCCAACCAGCAAUCAGAACUAUAUAAACACAACACCAAUGGUCCUCUAUCCACAGGUCUUCACCAGCACCAUCAACCAGAACCAAAUUCAUUUACAUUUGAGUGAGGAGGCACUGGCCAGUAGUAAUCUUACUAUCAGCAGCAAUAGACUUGAAAUUGGGAUACUAGGGGAAGAAAGUGAGCAACGUAACGACGUCUGGAGACCCUAUUAAAAGAUCUGUUGAAUGAAAAAUCUCUACAAUUAUUAAUUCAGAUUUGCUGGUAGACACAUAAUUAUCAUGGAAUCACACAAAUGAUGUAGCUGUAGGCUAAAAUGACGGAAAUCAACAUCAAUAAUACGCAAUUCCAAGAAGAGCUAAAACCAUCUAUACUAUAAUGUUUUCUUUUUUUGCUUUUCUUCUCUAGAAUUCAUUCUAUAAGAAAUUUAAAAAAUAUAAGA